AUGUUCGAAUCUACGCCGGCCCGCUCCUCCCCCCACCGCAACGCGAACCACAGCCCACAACUGUUCCACCCCAAGCCAGUCCCCUUUGCCCGGCCCGCCUUCACGUCGUCUUAUUCUUCUCCGCUUCUGACGUCUUCGGGCUCAGGAACAUCCCCACCCACGGCCGGCUCGUCGUCUGCUUCCUGCUCGCCGUCCCCACCCUCGCCACACAUGAAGCCCACAGCGCUGAGUGGCAACAAGCACCGGCCAAAAAUGCCCAAGAAGAUGUCGUCGACCUCGGGCAAGCAGCAGCGUGUGCAGCUGUCCAUCGAGGUCAAGGUCGAGCGCUCGCGCUGCGGCUUCCACAGCCUGUUUGUGCCUCUUGGACGCGCGCCACCGCCCGCACCCCCAACAUCGCCAGUGUUUGGCCAGAGCUCAAACCACAACAACCACGCCCUCAAGCCCGACCCUGCAUGGCCUCACGACACCAAGUCGACGUGCCAGGAGAGCUGGGUCGAAGACGUCGGCGUGGGGCAGCACUCGAUGGAGGUCGACUAA